AUGGAUGUGGAAUUAUAUUAUGUGGCAGCUCCUCCCAGUGAGACCAGCCAGAACAAUGGUACGAGGGAGGUCACGGCAUCAGUGGUAAGGUCAGCCUGGGCUGCAGCACAGGAGUGGACUGCAGCAUGGAAGGCAGGCUCCAGUCAGCUGAGGACAGUGGUGGAUGGUCUGGAAGGUCUCGGGACAGACUCUGUGCCUGCGCAUAAAGUCCAUGAGGCGGCCAAGGGAGUUCAUGGUGCCCUUGUUAAGAUGCGAGGCAGUGUGGCGGCGAUGGCUGGCCUGCUGGAACAACUCAGGAAGCUGGAGGAAAUUGAGAAGAAGAAGGAGGGUGGUGGAGCACCUCUCUUUUCUACUCUCACCCUUCACCACAUGGUACUGGUUCUGACAAGUGUCCACAAUGACUAUGAGUGCGAAACACGAAUGAAGGAGGCAGCCUGUCACCCGCUGCCCUCAGCCUGCUCCCCAGAGGCCCUCAGCUCAGCAUAUGCACUGUGGACACACCUGACUCACCUUCCACCCCACCACUACCCACUCAAGACACUACUGCGGGAGACACAACAGCUUUAGGCUUGUGAAAGGGAAGGAUAGAGUGGUGUAGUUGUCUACUGAAGGAGUUUAUCUGGAAGAAUCCUUGGGAAGGUAUUCAUUGUAGUGUCCCUUGGAGUAAAUUUGUAGUCCCCAUAAGAAAGAGUGAUGCAGUGAUUGAAGAGAUAGAUUUUUAGUUCCCUUUAAAAGAAAAAAAAAAAUGAAUGAUUGAUAGAAGAGAAAUAAGCUAGUAGUACUCACAAGAGGGAGAGAGAGAGAGAAAGAAUUAAGUGAUGAGAGAAACUGACUUGUAGUUCUUGUAAUAGAGUGACAGGAGAGAUAUAAGCUUCCAGUCCACAUUAGAAAGAGUAGGAAUGAAUAAUUGACUGACAGGAGAGAGAGAAAGAGAGAGAGAGAGAGGUUUGCAUGUCCCAUUUGAGUGAUACAGUAAUAAGAUGAUAAAAGACACACAUGACAGAAGGAAAGCUUAGAUAAAUAGACUUGGGCUGAUAAGCAAUGAAGAAAAAACUGGCAGGUAUGAGUGAUGGAUAUGAGAGAUCUGAAUAACCCUGCAGUGGAAUCAUAGACAAGAUAUGAGGUCAGAGGAGGAGUUUAUAAAUAUGCGUUGUAUUUAUUCCGUAUUGGCUUCACUGAUUAUGAUGCGGUAAAAAAAAGAGAAAAAAAGAAAAUAAAUCGAUCUUAAUG